CUACUUCCUCCCUUGCCUCAUGCCAUAACAUGGUAGGAAAGAAGUCCUUGGUUGUGUCUCGAAGCCGUAAAAUGGAAUCAGCGAAUCUCUAACCGGAACUAUUCGAGCAGAUUGAUCGUUUAUGUAAUUUUUAUUGGACGUUCAUUUAAAAUAUUUGAACAAUGCCGCGUUACGAACUUGCCCUUAUUGUUAAAGCAAUGCAGAGGCCCGAAACAGCGGCGACUCUGCGGCGGACAGUGGAGACUUUGAUGGAGCGGGGAGCUAUUGUGAGAGGUCUAGAGAACCUUGGCGAGAGAUUGCUUCCCUACAAUAUAUCUAAACACAACGAGCGUCACGCGCGUGGUGGGUACUUUUUACUCGAUUUCCACGCUGCUCCCGCCAUCAUCCCAGGGUUGCUCAAUCAUUUACAUCGAGACGUGGAUGUUAUACGACCCACCGUCUUGAAGAAUGACACGGAGAGCUCCCAUGAACAUUGUUGUGGGACAUCUGCCCCCAUGCUCGAUGACACUGUCCGCAACUGAGUUGCGUCCUAUGCAGAAGAGCCCCAUCCCCUCGAGUGUGCUGAUCUACCCCGUCGUCGAGUCUGUUUAUAUAUCAUUAUCUAUCUAACUGAUGUAAUAAACGACACUUUUGUACAGACUGUUUGUUGCCUACGUUGCAGAUUUUCAAUCCACCCACUGUCUUGUGCCUGACAAGCUAUGCUGACUCUAACGUCUGUGUUAAGAAAUGUCAAAGAAGUCACCGAUGUGAUUAUUUGCCUACUGAGCUUUUGGUCGGAAUCAUAAAAAGCUGUUUAGCAUAGGUUACUGACUUCAAGUUGUGACAUGCAAAGUUAGACUGUCUGUAUGUGAGCAAAGAAAACGUAAUGACAGUGAUGGUCAUGUAUGUA